AUGGGCGAUUAUGGCUACGGGGGCGGCUAUGGCGGAGGACCGGGACCGAAAGGACCACGUGGAGGUGGACGCGGUGGAGGCCGAGGCGGUUAUGAUGGAGGACCACCACCCGGCUACGGACAGCAGCAACAAGGAAACUAUGGACCACCCGGAUAUGGUGGACCACCUCAAUACCCUGGAUAUGGCGAUCCGUAUGGUGGAAUGGAUACAUCUGUGAGCCCUCUAGAUGCAGAAAUUCAGGUGGUCAUCCGCGAAAUUCACAACGAGCUUUCUGUUCUUGACCAAUCGGGCGAUUAUGGCACACAAUUUCGAAAUGCUAGACGCUUGCUUACAACCGAGGCUGAUCGACUGGAGAAUUGCAUCGACCCUGAGUGGCUUGAAGUCGACAUUCCAAAGCCAAUCCGAGUAACGAAAAAAGUUUUGAUUCCGAAUUUCCGUCAUCCUCAUUUUAACUUCGUUGGGAAAGUGAUCGGUCCAAAAGGAGUAACGCUGCAGCAAUUAGCCAAAGAUCAUAAAUGUCACAUUUAUGUGCUGGGUCGUGGUUCAACAAAGGAUCGAGUGAAGGAGAAAGAACUUUUGGACUCGGGUGAUCCUCAAUACGCGCACUAUGGAGGACCACUACAUGUUAAGGUUGAAACGAUUGCUCCGGCGAAUGUAGCUUAUUCUCGAGUGGCUGGUGUACUUGAACGUCUUCAAGAAUUAUUGCAACCGAUUCGCGGCGAAGAUUUUCCCGGUGGCGACGAAAAAGGUGAAAAUGUUAAAAAUAAUGAUGAUACCAAGCCGACUGCCAAACAAGAAGGUGGCCCACCACGUGGUGGAUUUCGCGGUAGGGGAGGCCCAAUGAGAGGUGGUCCACCGAUGCGCGGCCGUGGACGUGGCGGACCGGGAGGCCCAGGAGGCCCAGGCUUCAGACCCUAU